AUGGCCGGCACAACGACUUGCGCUAGAUAUGGUGCCGCGUCCUUGGAGAUCGGUUUCGGCCAUACAGACAGAAGUCGGCGAACAGCGCGCAGGUCAGAAGCUUCUUGGUUCGCAUACCAUUCAGCCAGUACCCGCGCAAGUCCAGCGUACACAUCCCUUUUCGCGCUCAAUCGCUCACGCCACGAAGGCAGGACAAGUUCUAGUGCCGCGUACACAGCUGCAUCGUCCUCCUUGGCACAUGCUAUAUUCAUAGCCAACAUAUAG